GCUCAUACAUAUUUGUGUUUCUUAAUACUGCUUAAAAUUUGCUUCAUUUUCUCCCAAUUUUUGGCACAGCGAAAAACUCGCUAUACACAAAAUCUCGACCACUUUUUAAGUCCUAAACAACAUUUAAUUUGCUCUAAAAGUUCCCUUUAAAAUGGACGUUAUACGCAUAAAUCUGUCCGACCCGCCUUCGUUAGACAGGUUCAUUCGACCUACGCGAUCCUUAAACCACCUAAAUGCGAAUUUAAAUUCCCCAGAAGAUGCUCUUCAAUCGUUGUUGGACGGCAAAACUUUCACGAAUGUCGCAUUGAAAAGAUACUACAGGAAUAAUUACAGGAUCGAAAUGAAGAAAGCCUUGUUUCCAUCGCUUGCGAAAAGAGAAAACGACGUGAUUCCAUCUACGAACGAUUGGCCUGUGAAACCCAGGAACAAGCCCCUUAUGCCGGAACAUCCCAUUUUCACGUUCGACAUUGAGGGUGCUGUUAAUGUAGAAUGCUCGAAACGCGGCGCGAUAGCCGCCUAUUGCAAGAUCCACAAAUCCAUCAUUUACAUGGAGAAUAUUGAAAAUGCAAUGGAAAUGCGCUUUAUCAUCCCCGUCAAACCGAUCAACGGGUGCUUCAAAUGGAACGAAUCCGGGAACUUGCUCGCCGUACCGAUUUCCAGAAGCCGAUUCGUUGUGUUCAAUAUCGAUACAGUAACUGCGUAUCCUCUAGCAAAAAAAAAAACCUCUAGUGAAUCGGAGAUUUGCCCUUGCGCGAGAAUUUCAUCUCAAACAUCUUCUUACACUCCCUGUCAAAUGGCAUGUUUAAUUUGGUCCGCGUCCGAUGAAGUUGUAACCGGUUGUUCGAAGGGCGUCGUGACGCUCUAUUCGAAGGAAUUGAAGAUUCAAAGAUUCAAGACCACUAACAACACUCGGGGCAAAAGAAAAAUCAUCCACCUGUCGCUUUCUUGCUGCCAAACCACCAUCGUCGUCUCCACCAGUAAUAAGAGGUUAUUUUUCCUGAAGUUUCCGAAGUUCAAAGUUAUUUAUUUGCUCGAUUUGCCGAUGUCAACGAAGACUAUUUCUUGGCAUCCAUGGGACAAUAACCUACUGGUUAUCGGUAUAACAUCUACGUUAUUUUUAAUGAACACGAGAAGUACGAAGGUUAAAUAUUCGAUUAUCGAAGGCACCGUAGACGAUCUGCUCUUCAAUCCGGAGUCUGCCGAGCUGUUGAUCAGCAAAUAUGACGCUGACAACGAGACCAGCCAUUUUGUAAUAAUGAGGGAUCUUAGUGUGGUAGUGGAUGAAAUUGUAUCCCAACGGAUUAGAAUGGGAAGAUUGUUCUGGUACAAAAAUGGCACUAAAUUAGGUGCGUUAAGUACAACAUCUUACAUUUGGAACUUUUUUGGGAAAUCCACAGCCACCGUAGAAAAACAACGCGAGGAUCACGCAAGACACCCAUUCCUGCGUAGUGCAGCUGGUUCAUUAUUUAAUUGAUAUUUUAUUUUUUUAUUUGCCGUUAUUUUUUACAUGUAUUUGUUAUCGUUUUACGCUUAAUUUUUAAAUGCUUAUUGAAAUGUUUAAAUCGUUUAUUAAAAUACAUUUAAAAUAUUGUAUAUUGGUUCUUUAUUAGAAUCAAAUACUAUUUUCAGUUAAAGGACUAAAUUUG